AUGAGUGCUCAGACUCCACCCACACUCCUGAAGCUGGCAAGGCAGGCUCUGCUGAGAGAUGAGACCUUGGACAUGUCAGCUCUGAACAAAGUGCCCAUGGAGCUCUUGCCAGCACGGUUCAAGGAGGCCUUGACUGGCAGACAUACUAUGACUGUGAAGGCAAUGGUGGCAGCCUGGUCUUUUCCCUAUCUCCCUGUGGGGGCAUUGAUGAAGACUGCUGACUUUGAAACCUUCCAGGCAGUUCUAGCAGGAGUAGACAUGCAGCUGCAAAGAAAGAUUCACUCCAGGAGAAAACUUCAGGUUCUUGACCUGAGGAAGAAGCACCAUGAAUUCUGGAGCAUAUGGGCUGGUGCAGAGGAUGGUGACUGCUCAGCAGAGGCCCCAGAUGAGCAGCAAGUAGUGAAGGUCCUUCCAAGAUAUGCACUGAGGUGGUGCCUUAAGGUGGUAGCUGACCUUUGGCUCGGGCCAUGUAUAGAUGAAGAACAAUCAUGCUUAUUGAAUUGGGCCCAGCUGAGAAAGAGCUCUAUCCAGUUCUGCUGUAUGGAGAUGAAGAUCUGGGCUCUGUCUUUGUAUGUUACCGGAGGAGUCUUCAAUGUUUUCCGUGCAGAGCACAUCGAGGAUUUGGAACUGAUCAUGAUCAGUUGGGAUGUGUUAAAGCUGUCACAACUUGCUCCUUGCCUGGGCCGGAUGAGAAAUCUUCGCAAAUUCUUCCUGGCACACAUAUUCAAGAAUGUCUUCAUGAUUGGCAACAGGACAACAGACAAAGAAGAGAAGUUUGUCAGGAAGUUCAUUUCUCAGUUUUACAAACUCAACUGUCUCCAGUAUCUCUCCAUGAAUGGCAUCUACUUUCUUAGAGACCACCUGAAUCUGGUUCUUGGGUAA